CAACAAUUAAAUAUACAGUCAAGGAGGUGAGGUGAGGUGGAUGGGUCUCUCGUUCCGCGUGUGUGUACGCGGGCAUGCUUGUACUAGCCCGGACUACUGCCGGUAUAAUACUGCAAAACAUGCCGAAUAGAUAUCCCACUCAUACUUUAUCGACUUGUUCAAUUUUGAGUGAUAGACACGGUAACAACAAGCACCGGUUUCUAACAUCUUUUGGUAUGACGAGGUGGUCGGUGGUCAAACCACUGACCGUUCGCUCUCCGUACAGGCACUCUGUCCACCAGACCACGGAGGCGAUUUUAAACGCAAGGAAUAUGAAAACAAUGGGUCAAAAGCCGAAUGUAUUUAACAGCGUUUAAAAGGCAUUACUAAGAGUGACUGAGCUGGGUCUAACGCCGCUUUGGACACUUUUUCAGUUUCAUUACGACAUUACGACUUGUCAGGGAGUAGUGCAGAUCAUUGACGUUGGUCACGUACAGACGAACCCACGAGCACGGAUAUGGUGCUGAAACAGAAAAGGAAAUACAAUCAGGGCGGACUUAAAUUCGAACCAUCACCCGUGCGCCGUAAUGCUUAGACCGCGAACUUGGCUAUUAAUGUUCGUUAUCAACAAUUAUCCAUUUAAAACCUUUUCAUUCGUCCUUUCUGAACCAUCAGAAUCGAAACAGCGACUAAAAAUAAUCCAUAGUGAAACUCCUAGUUGCAUUUCCUUGUAAUCAUCACAAACAAGGAAGGCAGGCCAGUUGUGACUUCAGUUAAACAGACGCCGGGAAGUAACCGGGAGAUACAACAGACGCUUUGUCCAUAUAAAAGACUUUCCCCCUCCAACGCCAUGGCUGAAACAGAUAAAGAUGUUCUUUACCUCUACAAUGACACACAUUUGAACAGUGCCCUACCUGCAAUUGUAUUUCUCUCCUUCAUAAUGCUUGUAGGUUUCAUUGGAAACUCUGUGGUUUGUUUUGUGUACCUAAGGUGUUUCAAACCAAAUCCUCUGAGAUGUUUUAUUAUGAUAGUGGCGAUUUUGGAUUUGUUCAUAUGCGUUAUUGAUCUUCCACUGGCCAUUGUCAACAUGAGGUACUUGUACAGCUCUGGGGAGUUUCCUGUACUGUGCAAAGCGUUUCAUAUGUUCCAUGACUUCAGUUUCAUGACUUCAAUGUUCAUACUUGUAGCCAUAGCGGUGGAAAGAUACAAGAAGAUAUGCCAGCCCUUUGAAAAUCAAAUGACAGUACCAAAGGCAAGAAUCGUCAUCGGUGUUUGUUGUUUGAUAGCCUUGCCUUUAUCAACCCCUGCUUUCAUCAUUUAUGGAGCACAUUCAUUCCCCAUUAAUGCUACCAAUGAUACCAUUCUCAAAGCUACCCAAUGUACUCUAGCUGAUCUUCACGAGUAUCAUAUUGGCAUAAUCCAUAACAUCAGUUUUGUGUUUUGGAUUCUACUGGAUUUAGGUGUGUUCCUAAUCCUCGUUGUGUUGUAUUACCUGAUGUGGCGGGGGAUUUCUCGCCAUGUUGAUCUGAUGAGAAACAAAACUCUUUCAGAAAGCCAAAUCAAUAUGGCAUCUGGGUUUACGGAAUGCACUUCCGUUCCUGACACCCAGCUAGAUGACAACGAGGGAAUUACGAUGACAAGCACUGCCUCGCGUCGUUCUCAUCUUCGUGCCUCCAUGCAUGAGGGCUCCCGAUCGAUGAACCAACGCCCAACAAUAAAUACUCCUCAUCGUGGAGGAACUCUUCUAAAACUGACACUAACAAUGUUCUAUGUGAGUCUGGCCUCAUUUUGUGCCUACCUGCCCAUUGUCUGCAUGAUUUUCAUUAGUCUACUCAGCCCAAGCAUAUCCACAGAAUUCCGAGAAUCGGCUACAUGGCUGUAUUAUAUUGUUUUUCAAUCGUAUUACAUCCAGUGUGCUUUCAACCCUCUGAUCUACGGUUUCUGUAACACAGCCUUUCGGCAUGAGAUCAAACGUGCGUUUGAAAAAGUAACUUGAAAUUAGGAUCAAAAUAUGUUCUUCUGGUUUAGACAAUUGCAUGAAUCUGUUUUUGCUUUUCCUAAAAUGGAGCUUACUAUCAAUAUGUUGACAUUAUCCAUAUCUUGAAAAUGUUGUUGGCAUCAAAUCAAAACUUGUUGUCUCCUUUUCCUUCAUGGAUACGAUAUCCAUACAUCAUCAAACCAUGUAUACCUGACUUAAUAAUAUUUCAUUUUUCUUCCCUUCAUGUACUAAAUGUUUGAUUUCAUUAUAACGUAUUGUGUUACGACAUAAAAUAUAGACAUACGUAGCUUCCAAUUUUCUUUCUUUUUCGUUUACUUGAUGUGUUCUCAAAAAUGAAAAUUUGACAUGUAUUCACACUUUACAUACUCAAGUAAAUAAGGCGAUUAAAAUACAUUCAGGUAAAUCAUGAUAAUAUUAUGCUUUUGUCCGCCUUCAUAUGUGUGUAAAUGCUUGUUUAAAAGUUCUCUUAGUUUUCAAAUGUUUCAUCAUUGAUGGCAAUAUGACUGGCUGAGUAAGUCGGGUAUUGCAAUAGUUCUAUGUGUCGUGCAAAUAUCUGGGGAGUCUGUACAGUGAUUAGACUAUAAGUACAUUGUAGCCAAAUGGAAAUACGCGUGGAACAGUUUCGUAUGUUUUGCAUCUGUUCAGUGGUGGAUCUUGAGCAAAUGGUACAGCAGAGAGUGGCUUCUCAAAUACCGCAGGAACAUGCUAUGACGAACAUGGUUACACGUAUCACGGUGUUGAACUUGAUUCUGAUGUAAUUGCUUUGUGCUGGUGUGGAAUCGAAUCCAGGACCUGCACAUGUCCAGGCAAAAACUCGAGUUCCACGAACUAUACAUCGCAUAUCGCUUACUCCACCAUUCACAUUCGAAACAGAUUGCACGAUUUCAUAUAAACUGUAUAAUUCGUGCAGUCUGUUGUUUAAUGCCUGUCUGUUUUAAGGAAAAACGAGAGAUUCACUCCACCAUAAACUGUAUGCUUUACACUUAUUUAUCGGCAUAAAAAUGUACUCCACCUGAUCAAACUAGUGACCACUCAUUGGACGAAAGUAUUUACCUGUGCUCUAAACGAACUAUAGAUAGUUAAGCUACCAUGGGAGUGCCUGUUUGUAUUCAUACUUCCUUGUUACAUGGACUGCGCUGUGUUAUUACUGACUAUACAGAAACGACAUUUCUCUUGCGGACAACAAUAUUCAUAAGGGUAUAGAGUACUCAUAUAAAAGCUUAUCUGCUGUGUUAUAUGAACUUUCAGACUGCCAAUUAUUCUUCCUGGUAACUUAAAUGCACGAACUGGUAAUUUGAAAGAUGUUAUUAUUGACGAUAACAGCAGAAGUUUAUAAUGUAUUAAAUAUGUAUCGGGCUCAACGGACGUGCCUUGUAGUACCAGAUAUGACGUGUGUAAUUGACAUAGGAGAGAUUUGGUGGACUUUUUUGUUCUUUUGUGUACAUUUUCUAAAUAGAUUUGGUGGCGAUAAGAAGGGGUGAUUUACCUGUUAGUUGGUUGACUAUGUUCCACUUCUCUAUUUGAAGAUCUCCGACUUUUGCGUACAUAUUCGCUGUGAACCAGAUCACUUCAUACGAACCCUUCACGAAUGCGACACGCUAAUGUUAAUGAAAUUCAUGUCAUUAAUAUUCCUAGAUAUACUUGGAGAAAUCAAAUCUGCUCUGCGUUCAGAUAUAAUGUUUCUCAGGCUUUGUUUUCAUGUAAUAUUUGAUUGAUUAUUUCUAAAGAUUUUAUACCUUAAAAUAUAUACCCGUGGACUCUGAUAUUAUUGAGUAGGUAAAUUAUGGUAUAAUGAGAAGCUGUGCGGUUUUUGUACUGAUGAUGAUGUCAAUAUCAUAACUAAUAGUGAUAUUACACAUGAAGAUAUUGAACCGCCCAUAAAAGAACUUACGCAGGGUAAAGUCGCGGGACAAGAAGGCCACACACACACACACACACACACACACACACACACACACACACACACACACACACACACACACACACACACACACACACACACACACACACACA